GAUGAGAAACAUUGAAGAGGGUAGGUUACGACUGUCUCAGCCUCGACUUUCCACACGAAAACUCUCAUCGAAGCACCCUCAAUAUAUCUGUACAACUUUAUAUACGAUUUAGCAAGCUUUGAGACAAAACCGAUGAUUGCAUAAACUGGCGCGAGGCACCAUUCGGACACAUCCAUGUUUUGCGUCUUCAGAAUGUCUUGAGAAAGACGCUCUGAUUGUCCACCGGUCGACCCUGCAAGCAAAGGUGUGAUGGAAGCGGCCAGUACUUCCCUCAGAGAUGACUGCCCUCCCUGGGAAGAUGUGUCUCUGUCUGCCCCUCACAGAGACGAUGGUCUACUGGUCACCCAUGUCAACCAAACACAGGACUUACUGAGGUCACAGGGUCAGGCUGCGGAGUGGAAGAGCUCCUCUGAUUGGCUCCUGACCCACAGUCUCUACAGCUCCGGCCUCUCCCUAUCAACACUCCUCUCACACGGGACCACUAAGAUCAGUGCUGAGGAGGACGGAGGCCUCAGCAGACAGCUGGAGAUCACUGCUGCAGCACUCAUUCACUUUGACUUCCAGCUGUACCAGGCCAUUGAGCUGUACCAUGGCAGAAUAAGAUGGCUGAACCAAGGAAGUAUGAAGGUGUUUGGGCUGGUGAAGGGGUCCAGAGUAGGGGUCAUAGUUGACACCUCAGAUGUUAACUGCACCAAGGACAGACUGCCAGAUCUACAGAAGAACCUCUUGUCUCUGAUAGAAGAGCAGCUCAGCUGUAAGCGUCAGCUGUACCUGAUGUCCUGUGGUACUGAGACCAGCAGCCUUUGGGACGGCCCCAGAGACGUCGACACCUUCAGACUGCAGGAGGCUUGUGGCUGGGUGGAUGAGCUGGGAGCCAGGGGGGGAUGUAACCUCCUACAGGCCCUGAAGAGAGGCCUUGACCUGGGCUGCACUCAGCUUGACUCCCUGGUCAUCGUCCUGGGCUCCAGCCCUGACCAGACCGCAGAUGCCCUCUUUGAUUACGUAGGACAAAGCAUUUUGGGAAGGACGUUGUUGAUCCAUGUGGUGUCCUACUGUAGCGUUAGCCCUCUGACCAUUGCAACUGUAAAGAGACUAGCUGAAGUUACACAGGGACGCCACCACAUCUUCUCAGCUUCCCUGGGUGUAGUAGACAGCAGUACAGAUGUGGAGCUGCUGUGGACAGAGAUCAAGGCAGCCAGAGAGCUGCUGGGACACACUGAGGCCCUGCGUCAGGGGCGGCUGGGGGACAUGACUGUCACUGUGGUGGGACAGCAGAUUUCCACAGAGUUGGACAGCUUUUCACUCUCUCCUUCGCUCCCCAGACCACCCAAUCACAAUGUCCCCCUGAGCAUCAAGCCCCCAGGUGUCCCGCCCAGCUCCUCGGCUGAUUGGCUGAGGAACCAUGGACUGAAAGCUAAGAGACUGGGGCUGUACCAGGUUCUGUCUCCCAAUGCCUAUUCUCUACUGGAGGGGUUUGUUCCUAUCCUUAACAAGACUGUCAGCUCAACAGUCCAUGAGAAGGCCAUGGUGCAGUUUGAGUGGCAUGAUGGAACGGUGAAGAACGUUCAUGUGGACUUGCCCUUAAUCUACCACUACCAGAAACAGCUGAUGUCUGCAGUGGCUGUGUUGGAGAGGAGGGUGCAGUGGCUGAGCAGUGGGAGCAGGCAGAUCUGGGGGACAGUGUGUGAACAGAGGGUGGUGAUUGUGGUAGACAUGUCUAUGAUGAUCCCUGGCUUCUCUCUCCACAUCCAGCACUCCCUCAGGGUGCUACUGGAGGAGCAGCUGGCCAACAAACACAGCUUCAACAUCAUCGCGUUCGGCUCAGCUGUCAGAGCUUGGAGGGAGAGGUUGGCCCUCACCUCACCAGAGAACCUGCAGGAAGCUUGGCAGUGGGUCCAGGGUUUACAAUGUUCAGGGAGCAGGAACACCUUGGCUGCUCUGAGGCUGCCUCUGGAGAGGGACCUCAAUAGUGGGGCACCCCCUCUCUCUCUCUCUCCCUCUCCUCUUCUCCCUCCGUCCCCCCCUCUCACCCAGGGCCUCUACCUCUUCACAAGCGGAUUGCCUGACCAGGAGAUUGUACUAGGUGUCACUGAUAUAAUGUGCCUACAUAUUCAUAUGCCCGUGCUUGUUGUCUGGCAGCUGUGUGUUUCUAUGAACAUGAGAAUUAAUUUUUUAUUUAAAAAAAAUAUUAUCUCGAAAAGUCAAAUGAAUGACAAUCAAUCCAGAACAAGUCUCUUGUUGCUCUGUUCCCAGGCAACGGUGUCUUCAUAUGUGUCAGAGUGCUGCAGUGGCCGGCCUCUACGUCUCCACAUCUGUCUGUUGACUGGAGAGGAGACAGAGGGACAGACAGAGGCACAGACGGGGGGUUUCCCUCCACCUCGCCAUGCCACCAGGGAGGAGACUGCGGGGGCACUGAGGGAACUGGCACAAGCUGGCAACGGACGUUUCCACUGGAUCAGUGAGACAGGCAUCCUGGAGAGCGAUGACAUAACUGCUCUGAUUGGAGAGAUGGAGAGGGCUGCUAAUUAUUGGCAGAAGAGCGCCAUGCUGGUGGACUCCUUGACCCAGAAGUCUGACUGUAGGUGCCCUGGGGAGGAUCUCUCUCCUGGGGACAAAGCUCCGGCCCAGUCUCCCCUGGCCUGGAGACGCAGAGACAGACCACUGCCCCCACCGCGACCCACAGCACUCACCCUCGCCAGGCUGCAAAUGAAGGAAGGCCGAACAAACGAGCAUUCCUCCUCUCAGAAGGCUCUCGCAUGGCGUCCCAGCAGUGCCACAUCUACUAUCCCACCGGUACAGCCCAUGACUGGUUGGGGUCCAGUAGAGACUAAAGCCAAGCAGAGGAAGCCUUCUCAGGUCACCCAGUCUGUGUUCUACCUGGAAGAUGGUAACUUGGGUGUGGUGUUCAAGUCUUACCCCAAACCUAAAAGUGUCCGAAAGUCCAUCCCCUUAGUGACUCUGCCAAAGCAGGAAGAGAUCUGCUCGACCAAACGGUGGCUGAAGAGGUUCAGUAUUAAGAGGCAGAAGCUUGACAUCUAUAAGCUGGUGUCUGGACCUGACUGUACUCAUCAUAAGAAGCUGGUCCCUUCGGUCCUCAAGAGAGUGUCUGCCAAAUACUGCUCCAUCUUCCCCAGUGUCCACAUCAAUGGGAUGGUGAAGCACCUGCAGCUGACUCCAGGAGAGUUAAAACAGUACCUUACUCAGACUGAGAGACUCCUGCUGCGCUACAUGCAGAGGCUGCAAUGGCUGCUCUCCGGUAGCAGGCGUGUGUUUGGGGCGGUGCUGGAGAGGGAGGUGUGUGUGCUGCUGGAUGUGUCCGGCUCCAUGGCUCCCUGCCUGGGGGAGCUGAAGACCAAGUUGGCCUCUCUCAUCUGGGAACAGCUGCAUCACAACACAGUCAGGUUCUCUCUGCUGGCGUUCUCCGAGGGGGUGAAGGCGUGGCGUCCGGCACUGCAGGAGCCUACAGAGGAGGCGUGCCGCGACGCGGUGCAGUGGGCAUAUCAGCUCAACACCCAUGGGGGAACCAACACUCUGGAGGCCCUGCAGACUGGCUGUGGGUUUGGGGACAGUGUGGGCCUGUACCUGCUGAGUGAUGGGAAGCCAGAUUCCAGCUAUAGCCUGGUGCUGAAAGAGACGGAGAGACUGACCACAGGGAACCACAUUACUAUCCACACUGUCUCAUUCAACUGCACAGACAGCUCAGCCAAUGACUUUCUGAAAAAACUGGCUCACCAAACUGGGGGUCGGUACCACCGUUGCCAUGACAAUGUGGAUGCUCUCAGUGGGCUGUUGGAAUCGGGCCUUAGUGAUGGAGACGAACCUACCCUGCCGGCCCUCGAGGGAGAUGACUUGAGGAGACUGGCUCAGGAAAUUGACAAACUGAGACAUUUCCGGAAGCAGGCACAGGUCUUCAGGGUUCCGAAUUCCAUCUAUCCCAAGAGGAGUCUGAAUGGAGUUGUGUGGCCCCGGUAUGAAGGACAACGGAGGCUCUCUGUGCCAGGUAGAGCAGCUGCCCUACCCCUGUGUCCCCCUGCCUGUCCCAGGAAGUGCUGGGUGCCGUAUACAGGCUAAUAGACACCUCCACAACCACCACCUCAACCAUCAGCUCCAGUCCUGGGUGAGCCGACCAGCCCCAGACCUAACCUCAACCCCAACUCCAGCCUCCCGACACAGGACCAAUGGGGU